CGCCCCCGGCCGGGCCCCGCCGAGCGCCAGCAGCCGGCGCCCGGGCCAGCGCGCGUCCCAGCAGCCGAGCGAGCGGGAGGAGGAGCCGACGCCGCGCCGGGGGCAUCCGGGGGAGCCGGAGAGGGCGCCCCAGGGGCUGCCCCCUCCCUCUCCUGAGAUGUCAGGAAGGAGGGGGCCAGCUGUGUCCUCCAUAGGGGCCCCCCCCAGCCUGGGGGCCCCCAGCCUGGGCGCUCCGAGGUGGAGGAGGUGCUGACAAGUGCUCCGAGAGAUGCGCCCCCACCUCUCAGGCUCCCUCCCCAUCCUCCUCCUCUUCCUCCUCCCCACUGUCCCAAUGAAGCCCCAGCCCCCACCCUUGGCGCUGCCCCCAUUCUUGGCUCCGGAGUGGGAUCUCCUGUCCCCGCGUGUCGCCUUGUCCAGGGGUACUCCCUCGGGCCCCCCUCUGCUCUUCCUGCUGGAGGCGGGGGCCUUUGGAGAGCCCGCGGGUGCCCCGGCCAACCGCAGCCGGCGCGGGGUGAGCGAGACGGCGCCGGCGAGUCGCCGGGGAGAGCUGGCCGUGUGUGACGCCGUCAGCGGCUGGGUGACGGACCGCCGGACGGCAGUGGACCUGCGAGGGCGCGAGGUGGAAGUGCUGGGCGAGGUGCCUGCGGCCGGGGGCAGCCCGCUCCGCCAGUACUUCUUCGAGACACGCUGCAAAGCUGACGGCGCCGCCGCCGUCGCCGGGGAAGGCGUCCCUGGGGCCGGUGGCGGGGGCUGCCGGGGGGUGGACAGGAGGCACUGGGUGUCCGAGUGCAAAGCCAAGCAGUCGUACGUGCGGGCGCUGACCGCUGACGCCCAGGGCCGCGUCGGCUGGCGAUGGAUCCGAAUCGACACCGCCUGUGUCUGCACGCUGCUCAGCCGGACUGGCCGGGCCUGAGGGGAGGAGGCCCAGCUCCCCACUCCCCCCAGUCCUGGGGGAACACUCCUCAAG